AUGGAGUGUUGCGCGCGCGGCAGUAUGCCCCUCGCCGCCAUGCCGGCCUGCGCGCCCGAGUACCGCCUCUUGCGAUCAGCGACCGAGCUCGCCUUCGCCCCGCGAGUCAAGAGAUGCUCGCACCAGCCACCCUUCACCGCUCUGAGGAGAUCCUUCUCCUCAACCUUCUCCUUAAUACCCGAGGAACGUGCCGUCCCACCUGAAAACACGCCGCCGCUCCAACGGUUCUUCCAAAUCGUCACCUGGAUCCCUCGUCAAUUUCUACGGCCACUUUUCUUCAUGUUAAGCCUGAUAGCACACCCCGCUUGGAAACAAAUACUGGUAGUGCUGCCCACCUUGUGGAUCGCUGCGUCGCUGUUUAUAUUUUGGAAAUGUGUUCAGUGUCCCAUCGGUGUCUUGAAGAUGAUUGGAAAAGCUAUAUCGAGAAAUACAGAGAAGCCUCGCACUGUGCUCAUAAGUGGAGGUAGCACGGUGCAAGCCCUUCAUCUAGCUAGAAACUUUCACUCUGCCGGUGCCAGAGUGAUCGCUUUCGAAAUUGAAGGGCAGUUUGCGUUACUGAAGUAUUCUGCGGCCGUCCACAGAUUCUAUACAGUACCAAGGCCCAACCCAGCAGACCCGUUGGCUUACGCUCGAGCAGUAAAAGAGAUCGUUGAGAGAGAAUCCGCUGUGUUCUAUAUUCCGGUGAGUUCGACGACACCGGCAUACUACGAUGCACUAGCGAAGCCUCAUUUGGAAGUGUUAGGAUGUCAAUGUUUCGUGCCCUGCGCAAGAGAUGUAGUCACUCUGGACGAUCCUUUGGAGUUGAUGCGAGUGUGCCGCGCCGCUGGGCUCGCGACGCCGCUCUUCUGGGUCGUAACGAGCGAAGAAGACGUGAGAUUGUGGUACGACAGUGGCGCUUCAAAGGAGGGAAGGCACUUUAUCGCUAGCGCCGGCGCCCGGGGUGCUAGAGAUAGAUUACGGUUCGUAAUGCCAGAAGAAAAAGCACAGUUCAGAUUCCCGCGAGAAAUUAGUGCCGAGAAGCCGUGGGUGAUAGUAAGGGAACCGAAGGGUGAGAGGGUUGUGACUUGCACAACAUUAAAAGAAUCUCGUGCGGUGAAUAACGUGACCUGUCGCGUGGACUCUUCAAAGAAAGGUCUCGUCCCACAAAGAGACGAGGAAGCUGACGCGUGGGUUCAAAGAUUCAUUUCAUGUUUGUCGCCAUCACGUCCGAUGACCGGGCAUGUGUCAUUUAGAUUGGUUCGCGAGGAGAGCGGCGCGAAUAAUCACACGAACAGGAUGGUGGCGAUAGGAGCUCGGGUCGGGGUGUCUCUGCCGUACCUCUGUCAAGGAUCUAAACGCUGCGGCCAUACAGCGACUGUUGGAAAGCUGUUGAACACCGUGCUAGAUACACGCGAAGCGCUCUUUGCUUACUGGGAUCCACUGCCGUAUUGCGCGUAUUAUCAGUCCCGUUCACCGGACGAGAGGCGACCACCGCCGCCUGAGCCCUGCAAGACUCCUCCCAAUGUUCCUCUCUGA